AAAAAAAUCAAUAAAUUCACAUUUAACUUUUAAGAAAGCAUUCAGCUCUUUUAAAAUAGCUUAGAUAGUAUGACUGAAGAAGAUAAAUAAUAAAAAGAGUAGGAUUUAUAAUAAUCUAUUACUUAGAUUGACAAUGAUUAGUAAUCCUCAUAAAAUGCAUCAACUAAAAUCUCUGAAAAAAGUAGUGGUUUUAGCAACCUUAAAAUGAAUGAUAUACUAGAUUUUGAUUCAAAUAAUUAGUUAAAUCCUGAUAAGUCUGAAUUCAAGAUUAAAGAUAUUUUAAAUAUGCAAAAAAAAGAAAAGGAGGACAUAUAACAACUUCAAGAUAAGCUCAUGAAAGAAACAAUUUAAUUGGGGCUUCAUAAGAAGAAAAUACCUAAUACCUCUUCUUAGAGCCUAUCAACAAAUUAAUAAGAAUAAGGAGUAGAAAGCGAAUCUACUAAGAAAGCAGAUGAAAUGCUCUAUAAAAAAUUAUCAAAGAAAUGGGGUUUAGACAAGAUUGAUGAAACUGAUGAAGAAAAGGCUUUUAUGAAAGAUCUUUUGGAUAAAGAUACUAAAAUAAAUCCUGAAAGUCUUUUCAAUAAAUCAAAUUUACCAUAAUCUGAAAAAGAAGCACGUGAAAAGUUUAUUACUUAACACAGCUACUAACCUAUGAAAAGAAAGAAUAUUACUGAAUAUAAUUCACGUUAUAGCCAUGAAAUAGAUCCAAUGAUGUAAGGAUCUCCUCUCGAUAUAAAGAGCGAUGAAAAUCCUAAAAUUAUGAGAUACAUGGAUGAAUUUAGGGAAUUCAGACCUUAAAUAAAUAUUGGUGAAAGGUGGGGUUAAAUUAUUUAGCAAUCUACUAUCUCUCGUAUUUAAUAUGAACAAUAAAUUGCAAAGGGAGGUAAUUUAGUUUCAUACAUGGCUAAAACAGGAAAACUUGGAGUUGAUUUGUACUUUAUCAUAUUUGGUAUCACUGGUCUUUUCAUUAUUCCCUAUAUGGUUUACCAACACCAAAAAUAAAAAAUAAAUUAUGUACAAAAAACUAAGAAUAUAAAUCCUAAAACUGUUCCUGAUUUUUACUAUACAGACUACGAUCUUGAUGAAAUAUCUGUAUAGAAAUCAUUUUAUAACUAGUACACAGAUGAAAUUAUGGAGGAAAAAAAUAAAAAACUAAAAAUGCACAAGGAAAUCUAGUAAUUAACUAAUAUGCUUUUUUCAAACAAAUGA